AUGGAUACAGUUCAAGAUGACGGAGACUAUAAUCUGCAGGAGGCAUGGGACAAAGCGUGCGCGUCCUUUGCGCAGACAACCAAAGUCGACCUCACUACAACCCCGAAAUACUCAGUCGACGAAGUUCUUGAUCAAAUUCGUGCGAAGCAAGAUGACGACGAUGAGAAAAACAACAAGUACAGGGCCGCAAAAGAUGCUAUUGGCAAUACGUUGAAAUUCAUCAUGCUUCUGGGUGGGAUUGCUGCUCAGGGGGCAAGUAUGGUUUUUGCGCCCGCUGGUCUCUGCUUCAAUGCAAUUUCAUAUCUAGUUGAUACUGGAGCGAGAUACAAACGCAUUUUCAGCAGCCUGGCAGACUUGUUUCGCCGCAUCUCCGACGUGCUAGAGCGCUGCAAAAUCUAUUUGCGGUUGCCCGCGGACGCGGUUGAUGUCGCUCUCCGCAAGAUCAUCAAUGAGGAGCUGGUGUGUUUUGUCGACAUUUGUGCGUUGUCGAUUAAGGUUCUCAAGGGGCACAAGGUCUUCAUCGCGCUCAAGGUGCUUGUCUUCGACGGCGACGAAGGCGUGAGUGGCCAGCUGGCUCACCUGGCUACUCUAGUUGAGCGCGAGUCUCAGAUGCGGGCAACUCUAGGGUUCGAGUCACAGAAGAUGAGCGAGAGAAACAUUAUUGAGAACAGAGACAGCACCAGAAAGAUCAAUGGGACAGUCGAUAAGCUACUCAACUUUGAGAAGAAGAGAGAUGCAGACACUGCCCUAAAGAAGCUCCUGAACAAUAUUGAUUCCAGUCUCGACGAACCUAGCGAGGCUUUCCAAGUCGUUCAAACGACCCUUCGACGUCUCCUGAGUGACCAAGUCCAGGGAAGCGGAGAGUGGCUUCGGAGUGAUCCCCUCUAUACGGGAUGGGCGACCCUCGAAAGUUCGCCGUUUUCAGUCCUUGGUAUCUCCGGAGACGAGGGACAUGGCAAAUCGUUCCUCUUUGCAAGCAUCGUCAAAUUCCUACAAGAAGCACAACCUGAGUCAGAAAGUGAUAUGAGGUGCACUUCCACUGCCUAUCAUAUAUUUGACAAAGAUAAACAACAAAUAUCCUUGGUCCAGGCCCUCAAGAUCCUCGCGUGGCAGGUCGCCGACCAAGAUAUUGUUUACCGCAAAGAUGUGAGCUCUGUGAAAGCAACCGGUAUCAACCAGAUAGGAACUCUUUGGGACAUUCUCUUCUCCAAGUCAUAUAAGAGUGACUCAAUCAUCUUCCUCCUUCUGGAUGGCAUUGACCAGGUUGAGAAGAGCGAACUUAAGGAGUUCAUUCAGGUUUUGGGGCGGUUACAGGCUACCUCUGGAACCUGGUCACAGUUCAAGCUCCGCAUUGCUAUCACUGGGCGCAAUGAGACAAUGAGCAAGCUCAAAGGUCAGCUUGGGGAAGGAAUAUCGACAAUUGAUGUGACAUCCGAAAAGAAUGACGAUCUAGAGAAGUUCAUUAUUGAUCGCAUGAACAAGAUGGAGAUUCUGAGCGGCUCAUCGGAUCAGGUGCUUUCUCUUCGUCACGACAUCUUACAAGAUUUGAAGUCUCAGACCCAUGGUGAUUUUGUCAAUGUCAGCCUCCUGCUGCAGGAGAUUAGCGGGAAACAACGUCCUGGUGAGAUCAGAGAUAUACUAUCCCACUCGGGAGGUAAGCGAUCCGACACUAUCAUGAGAAGGAUAGAACUCCUCAACGAGACACUCAGCGAAGAGGACAUCUCUGACCUAAAUACCCUCCUCACAUGGGUCACCUUUAGCGUCAACCCUUGGUUGCGAACUCUGGAAGACCUGGAGGGAGUCCUCUACCUGAAGGCCGGGGAAUCUUCUCUCCGGCCUUUGGCCGAAAAGAUAACAGACCAAUAUUCCUCCCUCCUCCUGAUUAAGGGAGAACCGCAUCCCAUAACUGGGAUAAUCCCAAAGUCCUCCUCAUACGUUGAGAUAGUCUCCGACUCAAUAGAGGAGUUCAUACGAACCAGGCAUGAGUUCCAUAACCCUGAAGGCGCCCCAGACCUUGACAUUACUGGUGAUAUCAGUGAAGUCGAAGUCAGGAUUAUCCGUCGGUUUUUGGAGACGGUCUGUGACCCCAAGCUGUUCGCCAAAUUUGGAUUCGAAGAGUUCUUCCAGCGGAAGCUCAAAGGAAAAACUGCCCGAGUUGGAGUUGACACCGACACUGCUCACCUGAGUAUCCUUUCAACAUGCUUGGAAGUUAUCAACCACCAGGGAUCUCCAGAAUUAGACUCGCUGCUCACUUAUUCGUCUGAAUCUUUCGCUGUCCAUCUUGAAUGUGUGGACCCUUCAUUGACACAACCACAACACAAGGCGGCUCUUGGCCCGCAGCUGGUUAGUCUCUUUACGGACGAAAGGGUGAUUGAAAAAUGGUGGAACCCAACCAAUAAUAUGGUGCUAUGCCUUAGUUGGAUCCUCGCGGACAAAUAUGCUGAAGUUUCGUUGAAGUGGCUUCAAGAUUCUGCGGUCUCUAAAAGCCUCACUGAUGAUCAAAGAAUAUGGGUGAAAAGUUUGAGUUCCAAGUCCGAGCCUGAUGCAGAUAUUCUGGAGCACAUUGCUGAAUUUACCGCCCGUCUCUGGUUGCAACCUGAUGUUCCUGUAAGCUAUCCUCCCAAUUGCUUCGCUGUAAUUCAUGGAUAUCUCACAAAGCUUGAGAGCCGCAAAAACCCCAAAAUCAAAAGAUCGAUCGAUUUCUCAAGGCCCGAAACUAUUGACGCGUCCCAAAUCUCCGAUGCCGCUGAAUGGGCUCGACAGAAGCUUGGACUCGAUAGCCUAGGAUAUGAGGGGACCCGCAGAUUAGCCUGCACAUUUAGAGAGUUCGAAAAAUUCGCUGAGGCCAUUGAACAUUUCAAACUCUCGUGCUCUCUCCAGGAGUACAACUGGCUCUCGCUAUGGGGUCUUUCGGCCGUAUAUGCCUACCAGAAGGACUACGCGCUGGCGAUUGAGACGCUAGAGGCCGCAAGAAAUAAAAUCAAGUGUCGUGAGACACGCGAGGAUGAUAUUGAGUUGAUAUGGCUGGACCGCGAUAUGGCUGAGUACAACGGGAAGUUGGGCAAUAGUGACAAGGCGCUUGCAAUAUACGAGGAAAUGCUGCGGAAUGACCCGAAUGACUAUGACGCGGCCUUGGGGAUGAUAUUACAAUACCACAAAACCAAGAAUUCGGAGGGCCUACUCAAAUUCCUUGAUUCACUCAAGGCCUCCAUGGACGAUUCAACCGGUCUAGACAGGCGGACGCAGACGUUCCACCAGCACAACGACAGGGACGAGUAUCACGAGGCAAUCCUCGGUCUGGUGUCUGACAGUAAAACCUUCGAUGCUAUGUUUGAAAGCUACCAGGAAGCCGUUGUUGCCGCUCAAGAGCAGCUCACCAAGGCGGCUAAUAAGGGCGACGUUGACAAGGAAGCAGUCCAUCGAGUCUGCCAAGUACGUCUAGUGCAUAAUCUUGCGCUUCUUUGCUACGAUAAUAGCUCCGAGAACAUUGAAAGGAGACAAUUUGCCAUCGGACAGUGGGUACGCGUCCUACAGAUCGACGAAAUUCGCGACGAGACGUUCGUCUCAAUCGCAAAAAGCACGGCCUGGACAAAAUUGGCAAACGCAUGUUUCCACGAGGCGAUGCGUGACCCAAGCAAUGCCGCUACCUACCUGGACCAGUUGGAGCAGCUGGCCACAUGGAAGCCCGCAUACUAUAUCGACGGCCUCAGGGGCUCUACAGCCUACGCCUCAGAACUUGUCGCACGAUACUACGCGCUCCAAGGCGACGAGCAAAAGGCCAAAGAUGCCCUGCGUAUGCAUGUCAAACGCAAUCUCGACUUUCUCUCUGACGAUGAUCCGUUCAAUGACUGGAUGGGAUAUCUGGGAUUGGCAAGACAUCUCAUGUUCGCGGGCUAUGACGCAGACUGCCUCGCCGCUUGGUCGUUGAUUGUUCCAUACGAUGACGAAGAACCCAGUCCUGAAGGCUCGGAGACCAAGCCAACAUUACAAGAACUCACAGGGCCCAUGUGGGAACACUGUGCAGGCUGCGGGACUCGUAUCAUGUACCCAAAUAAUAUCUAUAUGUGCAGAGAAUGCGACUAUACGCACUUCGAUGAGCCUUGUUACACCAAGCUACGCGAGGGGACCCUUGGAAAAAGGAUCUGUGACAAGGACCACGAAAUCCUGCAUAUCCCACCGUACGAUGCUGCCGAGCGCGAGAGAGUUGGUGAGGGUAACGUCCUAGUUGGUGAGGAGAUCAUCUCAGUCAGCGAGUGGCUCCAGCGUAUCAAGAACAAGUGGGAUAUUCAUCCGGCAUUUUAA